ACGUGUUCAUAGACAGUUACAAGGAGCGCCCGUCUCGGAAUUCAGUCCUGGAUACAUAUCAAUUCGGAAGAGAUUUAAGAAGUCAGGGACUAGAUAUGGCAGAGUCUGCUGAUAUUGAGAUGGAUAUUGGACAUAAAGUUUUAAUUAAAAAGUUUAUUGUAAUAAAGAAAUACAUGCAUCCUGAUCCUAUCAUUGAUUGUGAUACAGGUGGUAAAUUACUCACCGCUACAGACAGACGAAAUAUGAAGAACAUGGAUAUAAGAGAGAAAAAAGAUAAAAUUCUGCGGAAUGUUAAAUCCAAAGGUGCUAAAGGUUACAGGGAUUUUGAAGAGUGUCUAAGAAAGACUGGUCAAACUUUACUGUUAAAGCUGAUGACCUGUGCAAAGAAUGGGCAAGACACUAAGAAGAUAGAGGAUCAGCUUGAGAAAAUGCCAUUGCUAAAUCCAGAGUAUAUUCAAUAUAAAAGAAAAUGGCUGAAAAAGCUGAUCGAUCAUUAUCGAAAAACCCUGCUGCAAGUCUCAGCAACACCUUUACAUCCAAGAGGUGAAAAAUGUAGCUUCCAUGAGAUUUAUAUUCGACCAAAAAUAACAAAGGAAAUAAAAGGAGUAAAGGGGGAGACAGAGGAGGUGGAGGUUAAAACAAUGUCAGAAAUCUUCACAAAGAAUGGAGUUCCCCAAAAAUCUGUAUAUGUUCUAGGAGAUGCAGGGUCAGGAAAAACUAGCUUUUGCAAAUAUCUGGUUAACUGUUGGUGCGUGGCACACAGUCCGGAAAAUGAAGCAAACAAUGAAACUGAAGAUGAUUAUGAGAAACAUGGCGAUUCGAAAGAAAAGCAAGGGGAUGAAAAUGAUGACCUUGGAAAGGAUACACUUAGGAGUGGCAUUGAGGAAUCUGGAGCGACGGCGGCAAUGAAGAAAUUAAAAAUGACAACUGGCCUUCAAAUGAUGGAUUUCAAAAGUUGUUACAGAAAUGUAUCUGAACACGAACUCGAAUUUGAUGGUGUUAAUGAGAUGGAAAAUUUUGAUUUCUUGUUUUACGUUGCCCUCAGGCAGAAUCAAAACAUUCACUGUAUAGAUGAAAUGCUUAAAAAACGAUAUCAAACGAAUUUUCUAAGUACACUUCUGGACGACGAAUCCAGUAGAGUUAUAAUCUUGCUUGACGGCUUAGAUGAAUGGCCUUCUGAAAAUAUCCCCGAACAUAGUUUAAUGAGAGAGUACACAAUAAUCACUACAUCACGACCAUGGAAAGUUCACACUUUGAGCGAGGUGCACAUUGACCAUUCACUGAAUCUGAGAGGUUUUGAUUUGAAAUCUGAAAAAGCAAUGGUAUAUAGGACAAUCUCAAAACUGAAUGAUAUUAGACAUGAUACUAAAGACAGUAGAAAUUGUUUGAAAAUAUUGAACGAAAAGUCUUUGGUAAGUUUUAAACAGGUUCCAAUUAUGCUUCAACAGCUCAUAUGCCUUUGGUUUGAUGGUAAACUUGAUAACACGACAAGUUGUGCUAUCUACACGGGAAUGUUAGAACUUAUCUUUGCAUGGAAUGACAUGAAAAUUGCGGGAAAAGAUGCUGAAAGAACGAAGGGUUCUCCGAAAAUUGAACUCCCAAAGUAUCUAGCUGAUAAAAAUAAUUGUAAAUUUAAUAGCGAUUUUAUUUAUGAUGUGUCAAAGUUGGCUUUUGAAACACUGUUCAAUUGUCCAAAGGACAAGUCCUUGACAUUUGACAUGUCUGUAUUUGAUCAACAAGAAAUAUCAUAUGAUGUGCGAGAAAGAUGUACGAAACUUGGAAUACUGACAGAAAAUGAAUGUCCAAAUGGCACUGUAUCAGAACCUCCAGCCAUAAUGUUUUCUUUCAUUCACAAAUCAAUCCAAGAAUUUCUUGCGGCAAUUAAUAUUGCUAUCAAUUUCAAAAUAGAAAUAGGUUCAUCCAGUUGCACACACGAUGUUGAAUUGCAAAUAUUUUGCAUGCAGUUUGUUGAUAAAGUUUUACAGAAAUGUUCAACAGUAAAUGACAUUUUACAGCAGUCAAAUGUUAUUUCUUUGCUUUCUGGUCUAGAACCUCAAUUAGCAACAACAAUUUCAAAGUAUAUACGUAGUAUUGUGUCAGAAGAUCCACGUUUUCAUGCAUAUAAGAAAACAAUCGAUUUAACUAUUACAGGCUUUUUUGAAAGACCUCCAAAGUGUGUAACUGAUAUUCAAAAGCUAAUCUUUGAUUCAAUGGAAGAAUGUAAUGCAUGUCUUAGAGCAGAAUGUCCUGUUUUUUAUUUAGAAGAUUUGGUCAUUUCCCCGUGCGAUCAGUUUUGUGAUUGUGAUUUUGUUUUCUCAAGUAUUGAUCAGCAACACAUUGAUCUUCCCUCUGUGAAUUCUAUUUAUGUAAAUACCAUUGAAAGUAGUAAACUUGAAAGUAGUAAACUUAUAUGGUAUUUACCACAUUUUCAGCAUCUUGAAAAGAUUCAUGUUAGUUUUGCAUAUUCAUCAACGGGGUUAUCAAGUAAACAACACGUUAUGGAUGCUAGUAUGUCUGUUGUCAAUACAAUUAGGGCAAAUAUUUCAACAUUAAAAUCACUGUCUCUGGAAGGGAAUCCAAAAAAUAAAAUAUUGUACCCGAUGUAUACAGUAGUUGUAGGCAACCUUCAUAAUAUGACCAAUCUUGUAGCAAUAAAAAUGACUAAUAUAACAAUAAGUCAUGAUAAUACUACCAAACUCUGUUCUUUUCUUCAGAGAAACAAUCAUCUUCAACAAAUAUGUCUUCAUAUAGUUAAUUGUGAGUGUAGAAACCAACAUGAUUUAGAAUUAUCAAAGCACCAACAUCUUCAGUGCCUCUUUUUGACUGGUAAUGUUAGUGUUACAGAUGCUGAUGGUACCGCACUUGAAUUACUUAGAUUUGAGAUUUUGAAAAAUAGUGCCUUUGAGAAAAUAUUUGAUUUUAUCAGAAAAUCUCACAGAUUGAAAGAACUUUAUCUUUCGUCAGAUUCUUUACAUUAUUGUAGAUCAUAUCAUACAAACAUAACAACGAACCUUAUCUCAGCAUUACAAAUGUUACACAAUCUCAGUAAGCUUGAGUUACAUGAUUGUAGGUUAACUGGCAAUAUAAUAAAGUUACCCUUAGCGAUGGAAUGUUUGAAGCAGAUUGAUCUUAAAGGUGUCUGUAUGAGCUUAACAACAUGGAAACAGUUUGUCGAUAACCUUCCUUGUAUUCCUCAUACUGUAUAUGUGAGUAUAUUAAGCUGCUGUAUAACAGGAGAUGGUGAGGAAUUUAAUUAUGAUUGUUUAACAUUAGUGUCAUCAGGAUUUAGAGGACAAAAACGAAGUGAUGCCAUACAAUAUGUCAAAGAUCGGGAACAUUUAUUUUACGUUUAUUACAAUGUUCUUAAUUUUUCAUUUGCAACAAAGAGGGUGCAGACAAGUACUUAAUAUGUUAUAUGUUAUGUCGAUGAAAAACGAUUUUGACAAAAAUCUUAUGUAUUUCGAUAAGGACACGAUGUUUAUUUACGUUUUAUUUCCUAGACAAUAUUUGGAGAGGAAGGAUGUUCACAUUUAAUUGCCCGUGUCUAUAUUUCCGUCCUGUUGACAAGAUGUUAUCGUUGUCGUGCUUCCGUUUGUUGAGUUUCUUUGCUGUAUAACUUUAAAAUAACUUUAACUGUUAUAGUCGCGUCAUUUUUUAAAACUAGUUCUUAUAAUGUGCCCUUACGCACAUGGAUAUUAUGCUACUUUUUAUAGCGAGGGAGUGAGUUAUACCACCUGAUUAAACGAAAACAACAAGCUGUUUCAGAUUUGUUGCGCGUUUUCCCAACAGUAAAACUCUAAAAAAAAUAAACUUUCUUAGAAUAUUCGGAACGGGAACCUUCAAAUAUUAUAAUUGUGAGCCAAUGUUAUUUGUGAUUUUCAGUGACAUGCCCCCUCACGAGUUUAAGCAAGCAUUGUUAUAAUGUUUCGCGAGUAGCUCUAAAAU